AUGAACACUGACGGUUUUCUUCUGACGUGGUUCCUUGAAUUGCCCUGGACUAUUAUCGGGGAUGUGUGUCUGUAUUUGGCCCCAGAGACGGUUUCCGAAACGCUCAUAAAGGUGCCCAAGCUCCGAAACAUCAUCAUCGACCAGUACUAUAGCCAGGAACUCCAUCUUAUUCUUUCGCCCACGAAAAGACCACACUUCUGCUCGCUGGACCCGCAGCGAAAACUGCUCAUUGACAUUGUCACUUAUGGAGAGAUUGAGGAUUUUCUUGUCGAAAACCCCGACAUUUGCCCGCGCCUGUACAAGGUCAUGACCAGUGGAGACUUUCGGUCCAUGGAAAUUCUUCUACGGGCUUUCCACGGCCAGUUGUCCCAAACGCCCGAGUUGGAAAUCCACGUGGAAAACUACGAGCUCUUGCCGGAAGAUGUGCAGCUCAUUUUUUCGUUUCCUAACCUAACCAAGUUCCAGACCGCCAGGAUCAAGCUUAGGCGGUGCUUGCCCGUGCUAUCUGAUUUGCUUCUGCAGCUGCAAAACUUAAGGCAGUUGGUUUUCUUGGGCCACGAGAUCCGCAAAUGGUCUAGAGUCCGCCUUCCCCCAAACUUGUCCCACUUGGACAUGUCCUGGUACCCAGAAACAGACGUCACUUCGGUGGCCCUCCCGGACUCGCUCGUAAACCUAUAUUGGAACCAAGCGGGAAUCGACAAUGCGGUCUUUGCAAAGCUCACAUAUCCCCCACUAAUAAAGACGUUGAUGCUAACGUAUUGCAGUUUGGCCAGUGUGAAUGUGUCGCAGCUUCCACCCACCCUUGAAACCAUCGAUUUGUCGUACAACAAUAUCCGCAGUUUUCAGUUUGAGCCUCUGACGCCGCGGUGGCCGGCCAGUCUCAAAUCAAUCUUGCUAAAUGCUAACUUGAUCGACGAUGCUUCCCUCAAGCAGCUCUCGCUCAUAGAAUGGCCAGAAUUUCUCGAAAACUUGCGUCUUGAUGAAAACAAGUUGACGUCUCUCGAGCACUUGUCUACGUUGCCCCAAGCACUCAAGUACUUGGACCUUUCGGACACUAAGCUCAAGAGUUUCCGCGUUCAUCACAAUGAAGACGACUACCCUUUCUUCCGGUUUCCUGAAUCUUUGGACACUUUGAAUUUCCAGGGCUGUCAAACCCUCACGUACGGAGAAGCAUCGGCAUAUGGGGCAGUGCCUUUGGAACACCGGAUUAAGUUUCCUGAAAACUUGGAAUCGUUGAACCUCACUGAAUGUAAUGUUGGUCGAUUGGCAUACUUUUUAUUCCCACGCUCGCUUCAAACUUUAUCGUUGACCGGGAAUCGCCUCCAAAACUUGACCACCUAUAAUCUUACUCGCGGGUCAACGGAGGUUGUCAGUUGGAAGCAUUUGAAUAAUCUCCGCGAGUUGGAAUUGUACUAUAACAACAUCGAGGGGUUGCAAGAUUGGUGUCCCCCAAAAUCCUUACGCAGAGUGGAUUUACGCCGGAACAAAAUCACCGUUCUCACUGGCGUCAGGACGCCGUUGUUUAGCAAAGAGUUUGACUUUGUCACCAACAACAUACAAACGCUCAAUUUCGAAGAGAAUGAGAUACGCACAAUUGACCCCGCGCUAUACUUACCACGCAAUCUUAUUUCUUUGAAUCUCAGCAAAAACAAGCUUACUCAGUUUGUGUUUUCCAAAUCUUUUGCAAACCAUAAGAGUUUGGUAAGACUAGACUUGGCCUCCAAUGCGAUCGAGAAAGUCUCUGUUGACCUGCCCGAGAAGAGCUACGCGUCUCACCUUAAACAAUUCAAUCUCUCUAGAAAUGCAUGCACAAAUUUCCAGAUGUCUACGGAAGAUUUCUAUGACGUCUUCCAGCAGAUAGGCCUAGUGGUAACAAAGAAAAAACACAAUAUGAAAAGCGAGCAUACGUUUCGAUAG